AGCAAGAUGGGUAUUGUUGGUGACCAUGAGCAAGUGGAAGAUGGAGACCACGGAUAUCUGGCCAAGAUGGGGAAAGCCAUGGCUCCAAGAAAAACAGGCAGGUCAUUCCCCCAGUGGAAAUGGAGCUCCUCUUUCCUGGUUUAUGGGCUCCUGGCUCUCGCUUACCUGCUGAUGAUCAUCUUGCUCGGGCUACUGAUCUCCAGUGGGUCAAAGUUUUUUUCAGAAAUGAAUGACAUGCAUAAACAGCUUGAAAUGAGCAAGGAGCUGUUCCCAUGCGGUUCCAGAAGCAGGGAAUGGGAAUACUUUGACGGUCGGUGUUAUUACUUCUCUGUACAGAAGUUUACUUGGCACAUAGCUGAAUCUCAAUGUGCUCAACGUAAUUCAAGUCUGGUGGUUAUUCAUGAUGAGGCCAAGCAGAAUUUCCUCGAGUCUCAAACCAGGAAUGAACGCUAUUGGAUUGGACUCAAUGACAUCGAUGAAGAAGGGGAAUGGAGGUGGAUUGAUGGCACCAAUUACUUAAGCAGCUACAAGAAUUGGAGACAGGGUCAGCCCAGUGACUAUCAGAACAAGGAAGACUGUGCAGAGAUCCAUUUUUCUGGGGAAUGGAAUGAUGAGAGCUGUUCCACUGCAAACUUCUACAUAUGUGAGAAACCUUUGCCUUCCUGAAGAACCAUCAUGAGAAAACACACCAAGCAGCAAGAACGGGAUUGCAAAGGCAUCUUCUUUCUGCAGAGACUGCCUACUUCAAACCACUUGCUUUAGAGUGACAAGGGCUGGCUCUACACUGACCAGUUUAAUGUUAUUAGAACAUUAUUAGAUAUGUUGUUCUAAAACAUCACAGGGCAUACUUGUUAAUUAAAGCAUUUUUACCCUCACCCCCCCCCCCCGUGAAAACGCUGCCUUCCUGCUGCUGGUUGCUCUGUGGUGCCCUCUGGUGUCCCAUUUUAAUAACGCAUUAUGGAAUUUAAAAGUAGGAUGUCAUGUGUCCAAAUACGUUAUCAAAACCCUUCCCUAACAUUAAAAACCAUGUGUGUAGAUCCGCCUCAGGACUCUGCACAACGUGAAUGAAGCUAAAUUUAUUUUUUUAAAAAAAUAAGUAAUUCUGAAUGUAAUAAGAACUAUAUUCU